AUGUUGAAACCCAGCGGAUUACUUUUGGUUGGUAUCCUUAUCCAUUGCUUCUGGAAGGUUGUGACGUUCGAUGCCAAAGUGAAGACAACGGCAGAGAAGAAACUAAUACGCGACUUGUUGGAUCGGUACAAUCAAUAUGGUGUGAUUGGCCGGCCUGUGAACGACAGCCGACAGCAAAUGAAGGUUCAGUACGGUCUACAGCUGAUCCAGAUACUCGGGUUGGAUGAGAACAAACAGCUGCUGAGAACCAGCUGCUGGACCCUUUACCGUUGGAACGAUGCAUUACUUCGAUGGAACGCCAGUCAGUACGACGGAAUAGAAACAGUGCGGGUAUUUCCAAGUCAAAUUUGGACACCGGAUAUUAAAUUAUAUAACUUUGCCGACGAACGUCUCCAGGAGGCCAGAGAGGCUGGUUUGGUGGUGUACAGCGAUGGAAACAUUCUUUGGCAGCAGCAGGCGCUGUUCAAAAGCACUUGUCAGGUGGAAAUAACCUACUUCCCAUUUGACAGCCAAGUUUGCAUGUUGGAAUUUGGUUCUCUUUCCUACGACAAGGAGUUGCUGGAAUUAGAAUGGUGGACCCCGGACAACAGCAUAAAUCCGAUGCCAUAUGUGGACUUUUCCGACUACAUCCCAGCCAACGACUGGUACACAGACGGUGAGAGCGAACAACACCUGCCACAUGAGCAACGUACGAGACAGGUGAGCACGUCUUGA